AUGACGAGCUCCGGAGAAAUCUUAGAGAUCCAAGAAGAGGAUAAAAUUGAGAACUUGAUGAAGAAGGUUUUGGUUUAUUUUUGCGGCUUUUGGACGGUUCUGUUGUUUCCAAUUACCUUUUUCAAAGCGGUGAGAUUUGUGGAGAAAUAUGAAGAAGCGGUUAUCAAGAGAUUUGGUGAGGCCAGGCAAAAUCGACCAAUACAGACUGGUUACUGUUAUCUCAUCCCCUGUACCGAUUCAUUUGACCGAGUGGACCUUCGACCGCUCAAAUUCGACUUCGAAAUCAAAGAUGUGCUCACGAAAGAUUUCGUUUCCCUGGAUGUUGCCCUCACUUUCUGCUAUCAAGUGCUGAAUUCGAUGGUUUUUGUCAACAAAUUGCCUAAAAAGAUGUCAACAAAGGAUAGAUUAAAAGUUGCAAUAGAGUCGGCUUUGCGCCUAGUCAUUACUGCGAAGGAUUUUGACGACCUACAGACGAUUUCUCAAAGAAAUGGGCUUCUGAAAGACCUAAAGCUAUUCCUCCAACAAACAACGCAUGCUUGGGGCAUUUCCGUCCGAAAAAUCCAGUUCAUCAACAUUCAAAUCAGCCGUGAAACCCCCGAUUACGCCGACUUCAACCGACAUAUCGAAAUUUCUAGAGCUCCUUCUGCUCGAAGUGGUUACCGAAACGAAGCGCUGAGAAUCGACGUCGAACAUCCUUCCCUGCCGACAUAUGACAGUAUCAUUGGAGAAAGUCUCGCAUAG